UCCAUUCUCUUUUCUCUUUGCCCUUCAUAUUUUCUUGAUUUUGUUCAUCACAAAAUGCGUAGUAGUAAAAUCAAGAAUCAAACACCCACAAAGUUAAAAAAUCCCCAAACCCCUUUAUCCACAAAACCCUAGUGAAAUCUGACGCAAAAUUGAUUUGAAUUUUAGUUUUUAAUUUCAAUGGCAGUGGAUACCAAUUUGGCUUCAUUGUUUGAGAAGUUGAAGUUGGAAGAUCCGUAUGUGCAACCUACACAAUGGGAAUCAAUUCCUUCAGAAAGUGGCUUUUGUUCUUCUUUGGAUACUAAUCGGUUUUCCCAUGUUCAAUAUUCAACUUCGGCUGUUUCUGAGUCUAGCUUGGUGAGGCUGGCAUUGGAUGCUCUGCAAGGUGUAGAAUCAGCUCUGAUAUCUAUUCAAAAGCUCUCUGCAUUGUUUUGUUUUGACUCAGCUGAUAGAUCCUUCCAUCAUAUCCCAAAUUUGUGGACACGGACUUCAAGCACCCUUGCUUUGGGAAAUUUACUUAAAUCCAUUGGGCAUUUUGGUUGCCUCAUUUUCCUUCUUCACAAAUUUGUCAAUCAUUUUACAUGUUUAAGUCUAGCUAGAAAUGAGGAUGAAGUUCAAAAGUAUGAUGACGGUGAUGGUGUGGGAUGCCGAAUGAGCAAUCAUACACUUGUUAAUCAGGCCUUUGCAGUUUCUGUGGCAAAAAUUUUAGAUGGGUAUACCUCCUCCCUCAAUACACUAUAUGCUUCUGUCAACUUGAGGCGUCGCGUGAAGGCUAAGGGUGGAGGCUGUUUUACUAGUGUUGGGCAUGGUGAAAUCACGUUGCUAGAGGCUUAUCUUCACUCUGCAGGACUAAGAACUCAGAUGGAUGUGCUUGGUAAUAUCUGCAAUAUGAGUGAUCUAGCUCUUAGAUACUCUGAAUUAUCUCUUGAAGAAAUAAGUGCCAAAGCAUUCUUAGAGUUUAAUAAAUUCCCCAGAAGUGGUGCUCUGCUCACUUUCUUGUACACACAACUAAAGGUGGCUAAUCCGGCCCAUUGCGCUCUCCUAAAGUUCUUGUUUCUACGUUCAUGGGAACCCUACUGUGGAUUUAUUAGAUCAUGGAUUUUUGAAGGUAGCAUUACUGAUCCUUUUAAUGAGUUCAUCGUGGAAAAUGUGAAAGAGCAACCUGAUCAUGAGCCGGGUAACAUUGGAAUCUCUAAUGACUUCCCAUUAGCAAGUGUUAGGGUGCGAGAGGGAGUUUUGCCUUCGUUUCUGGAGGAUUGUUUGCUUCCCCUUUUCCGAGCAGGUCAACAGCUUCAAAUAAUAAUGAAGUUAUUUGAGUUCUGUAAUACUUUUGGACCAUUUAACGGUAUUCACGAAGAAUUCCUUCCUGGAAUCCAUGGGUUUUCAAGUGAAUUCCCAAGCUUCAGAUCUUCCUUGUUAUUUGAGAAAGGAGCUAUUGAUACGAUGGUAGUUUCAAGAAACAGUUAUUACCAAAGGAUGCUGGAGAAAAUUGACAACGUUUUCAUCAAGUCAGAAUUCAGAUUUCGGGAGAUAUCUCUGCAAGGCAUGCAACCUAGAUAUGCAAACCAUGCCAGGAAUUUGAACUCUCCUGUAGAGUUUUCAACUAGUGACAACUUGGAAACAUGUUCAACUGAUACUGGAGAGAAAACUUUGCCUCACAACACCAUGGAAGCUGAAGUUAGCACAGACAAUGAUUUUUCUUGUACUGAAGAUCUCCUGGAAUCAUCUGAAUGUUCAUGGGAAGAUAAUUCAGAGGAGCAAAGCGAUUUUGAUCUGUCGAGAAACGCCCCUGGCAAUGAUGUGGAGUUGGAACCAGAUUAUUUAUCUGCUUUAAGUUUUGCUGAUGAUGGUCUUCUACAGAAGCAGAAGUUUCCACAAGGUGAGACUUCAUGCCCUGCAGAAUAUGUUUCAUAUGAAACAUGGAAAAGAAUGGAAAUAUCAUGUUUUUCCACGGAUGUUAGUAACAGUGAAAGAGCUGCAUGUGACAGCUCUCUGCCCUAUAGAAGUGAGGAAAUAAGUAUGUUGCAGACACUUGAUAACCAGAUUACUAACAGUUGCCAAAAUACAUCCUGGCUGCCUGAUUGCUUUCCAGGAAAUCUUCUGAAUAAUGAUGGGAGGAGCUCUAAGACUACAUGGUUGCGUGCAGUUGAGAUUGAGCCGGAAAUAAGUAGUUGUAGCAUUGGUGUCCAGUUGAAUUUAGACUCUGGUGUUUCAGUUCUACCUCAAGAUCCUUCACUGCCUGAGGCUUAUGAAAAGGAUCAGCAUCCAAAUAGAGCUUGUAACUUUUUAAGUUCAACAAGUUUGCCAUCAUGGCAGCUGAAGCAUCACUCCAACUUUUUCAGCAUGAACCCAAUUUUGACUAAAAAUUCUCUUAACCUAAAGAGGGAGUCUGAACAAAUGUGCUCAAGAGAUUCUAGAGAACCUUAUCCUUUUUUCGAUUUCACAUCUAUAAAGGAUCCUUGCCAGGUGUAUAUAGAAAAGUUUUCUGCCAGUUCUAGAGAUCAGUUAGGAGCUGGGGAUUCUGUUUUGACUAGUACAGCAGCUACUUCUGCCAUUCUUACUAGUCGUCAACAUAAGUUAAAAGAUUACUCCGAUGAGAACUUGGAGAACAAGGCAGAGCCGUCUCAUACUUGUUCCCCUGUAAGUUCAAAGGUCCACUAUGACAAAGUUUCAUCAUUGGAAAAUGUUGCUGGUGGGAGUGGUUGGGAGAGACUGCUUGCUAAUUCUAGCAAGAUUUCCAGUACAACUGCCAGAUAUCCAAAGACUAGUUUGGUGACAGUUCUUGAGGUGCCACUGGAUCAUAUUAUCAAAAAGUGCCUGUUAGAAGAGAUUUUGCUUCAAUACAAAUAUUUGAGUAAAUUGACUAUAAAAUUACUUGAAGAAGGUUUUAGUUUGCAAGAACAUUUACUAGCACUAAGGAGGUACCAUUUUAUGGAAUUAGCAGAUUGGGCACAUCUGUUUGUCAGCUCUCUCCAGCAUCAUAAAUGGUACACCAUAGAGGCUGAAAAGAGAAUAUCAGAAAUUCAGGGCAUUCUUGAGUUGUCAGUUCAGAGAUCUUCUUGUGAAGGAGACCCUUAUAAGGACCGUUUGUAUGUCUAUGUGAAAGGGAGUAGUAUGGCAAACAUCUCAGUUUCGGCUAGAGGAACAUUUUAUGGAAUCUACUCCUUUGAUUUUUUGGGUUUGGGUUACCGAGUAGAUUGGCCACUCAACAUCAUAUUGUCUCCUGGAGCAUUGAGAAUAUACUCAGAUAUCUUUAGUUUUCUGAUGCAAGUCAAGCUUGCUGUUUUCUCUUUAAGUGAUGUAUGGCGCUCAUUGAAGGAUCUUUCUCAAUUGAACAAGAAGAAUCAACAUUCUGUGUUUGAUAAUGCAGAACCAAAGCAAUUGUCCCUCUUAACUGAAAUGAGGCACCAGCUUAAUCAUUUUGUGUCAACGUUGGAACAAUAUGUACAAUCACAACUAUCUCAUGUGUCCUGGUGCAGGUUCAUGCAUUCUCUUAAGGAUAAGGUCAAAGAUAUGAUGGAUCUUCAUUCUUCACAUAUGGCAUAUCUGAACGACUCCCUGCACAUAUGUUUCUUGUCAGAGGAAACUCAACAUAUUGCCAGCAUUAUACGAAGUAUCUUGCAAUCUGCGGUGGAUUUUCGAUCUUGUCUGAAAGGAGACAUUUCUCAGGUGCUUAACAUGAGGAAAUCAUUUUCGAAGAACAUCAAAGAGUUGUAUCUAUGUUAUGUUAAGUCACCCAAACAUGGAGAAUUCGGGCUGUCGAGUUUCUGGGAGCGUCUGAAUUAUAACGACCAUUAUUCAGAAGUUAUUGGUAAACAAAUGGGACACCAGGUCUUUCUAGUCUAAAACCACCCAUCAAGAAGGAUGGAUACUGUAAGCAGAAGGAGAUUAUUUUGUUUCAGGAUUGACCUUGGUUAUGAUCAUGGGGUCAGAUUUUCCACGAGCAAUAGCAUCGAUCUUGACAUUUCAUGGGGCACAUUUUGCUCAAAGGGUCACUCAAGCCCCGCGAGCACAGCACAUAUACAUUAAACGUCGCGCAUGUCUAUUAGGAUCCUCAGAAGUGGUCAUCUACACCAGGUGGAUUAUCAGGCUUUCCUAUCUUGCUCAUAUAGACUUGCAACUUUUUGGUUGUAACAUUAUAGGAUAUGCCAUUUAGGUUUCAAUGAGAUGAUUCUUUAUGCUUUUUGUAAGUUUGCUGUUAUACAUAUUUAUAUGUUGUAUAUGUAGAACAAGUGAAUUUUAGCAUUUGUUGAUAACUCAGGUGAAAUGUAAAAGUAACUUCUUGUGGUUCACUAUUUGUUAUGAGCAAGGCAAGUGGUUUCUGUUUGCAA